AAAGGCGGCCAGCGGCGGCUGCCAGCACACUCUUCGCAGCCGCCGCGACGCCCAGACAUGUUGGGGAAGGUGAUUCUCGUUGCAGUAAUCGGCGCCGUCCUGGCGCAGAAGCGGGAAGAGGUGCGCUCCGGUCUCCAGGACGUGGCCAUUCUCAACGAGAAGCGCUCCCACGACGUGUCGGGCAAGUACGACUUCGGGUUCGCCGCCGAGGACGGCACGGCGCGCGUGGAGGAGAAAACAGACGACGGCGAGGUGCGAGGGCAGUACCAGUACGUCAAUGACGACGGCGAGACGGUCGUCGUCAAGUACACGGCUGGUAAGAACGGCUUCGUCGUCGACUCGCCGGUGCUGCCCAAGGCGCCCAAGGCGCUGCCCACGCUGCCGCCGCCGCCCCCACAGCGGGAGUAUCAGCAGCAGUAUCAGCAGCCGCCGCAGCAGUACCGUCCGCAGCCGCCGCCCUUCCAGCAGCCGCAGCCUCAGUACCAGCAGCAGCAGUACCGCCCCCAGCCUCCUCCGUUCCAGCCGCCGCAGCCGCAGUACCAGCAGCAGUUCCGGCAGCAGCAGCAGUACCGCCCGCAGCCGCCACCCUUCCAGCAGCCUCAGCCGCAGUACCAGCCUCAAUACCAGCCGCCGCAGCAGCAGCAGUACCGCCCUCAGGCGCAGUACCAGCAGCAGCAGUACUCCCAGGGUCCGCAGCGGUUCGUCCCUCCUCAGCCGGCAGCCCCCGUUGGCCCGCCCGCCGCUCGCUACCCGGCCGGUGUGGACCCGCGGGCCUGUCCCGAAUUCCCCAUCUGCCCCAACCAGUAGACACUCAGCUCAGUCACAAUAGUCAGCGUAACCCCGGGCCGACACUGGCACCCGUCGUCGGCCACCCCAGCUGUGAUAGACCCCCAGAAGCACCACACAACUGCCACUGAAUGAAUGGAAGACGUUCCCGCAUCUGCUUGGAAAGAUAGCAUCAUGUGUGAUAGAAUUCUAUUGCUGUAAAGCGAUCACAUCGCCUCGUUAGUUGCGACUCGCUGUGUGCUAUGCAAUACAGUCGAUGUC